CCGGUUCCGCCAUUGAAUUGGCGGACAGAGCUUCCCCCGGGAGCGCGGCCCGCAGCGGCCCCGGGAGCCCGCCCUGCUCUGCCUCCCCGCCCUCCCUUCCGUUCGGCAGCGCGCCCGCCGCUCCGAGCGGGCUGGCCAAUUCAACCGAGAGAGGGAUCUUAGGGAACGGAAAUCCCUCCCGCAGUGGGUCAGCCGGCCGCCGUUCAGCGAGUCCCCCUCGCCGGUUGCCGUUCCGGUGCCUCGCGGCCCUCCCGUGACCGCGCAGCGCCGUGUGCUCCCUCACGGGGAACGCCAACCCCGAAGCGAAUCCCCGGGGCUGGAACGCCCCGAGAACCCCGCAGGAAGCAGGAGCAGCAGGAGCUGGCUCCGCUCCCUCCCCGCCGGGCUUGGGGAGGGGUCUCCGCUGAACUCGGGCGACCUCCGGGGGUCUUUGGGCACCUCCGUUCUCCGCCGCUCCCCAUCCCCACAAGGCCCAACAUGGCCGCCGCGUUGCCGCGGUAACGGUCACUUCCGGCGGCGCCUCUGCUUCCUCUUCCGGCCAAGAUGGCGGCGCCCACGGCGGGGCCGCCGCCGGUGCUGCGGAUCGCGGCCGAGUGCGGGCGGAGCCGCGCCCGGGCCGGGGAGCUGCGGCUGCCGCACGGCGCCGUGCCCUGCCCCGUGUUCAUGCCCGUGGGCACCCGCGGCACCGCCAAGGGCCUGACGGCCGCGCAGCUGGCGGCGCUGGGCUGCCGCAUCUGCCUGGGCAACACCUUCCACCUGGGCACGCGGCCGGGCUCGGAGCUGGUCCGGCGCGCCGGGGGCCUGCACGGCUUCAUGGACUGGCCGCACAACCUGCUGACGGACAGCGGGGGGUUCCAGAUGGUGUCGCUGCUGCGGCUGGCGCGGGUCUCGGAGGAGGGGGUUCUGUUCCAGCCCCCCCACGGCGGGGAGGAGAUCCUGCUGAGCCCCGAGAGAUCCAUGGAGAUCCAGAACGCCCUGGGCGCUGACAUCGUGAUGCAGCUGGACGACGUCGUGAGCAGCACCACGACGGGGCCGCGCGUCGAGGAGGCCAUGCUCAGGUCGGUGCGCUGGCUCGAUCGCUGCCUGGCCGCCCACGGCCGCCCCCGGCAGCAGCUGCUCUUCGCCAUCGUGCAGGGGGGGCUGGACCCCGAGCUGCGCCUGCGCUGCCUGCGAGCCAUGACGCAGCGGGACGUGCCCGGCUUUGCCAUCGGGGGCCUGAGCGGCGGCGAGGCCAAGGCGCAGUUCUGGCGCGCGGUGAAGCUCAGCACCGAGCACCUGCCCCGGGACAAGCCCCGCUACCUGAUGGGCGUGGGCUACGCCACCGACCUGGUGGUCUGCGUCGCGCUGGGCUGCGACAUGUUCGACUGCGUGUUCCCCACCCGCACGGCGCGUUUCGGUUCCGCCCUGGUGCCCUGGGGGUCCCUGCAGCUGAAAAAUCAGAAAUUCGCCAAAGAUUUCCGGCCCAUCGACGCCGACUGCGGCUGCCCCGCGUGCCAGAGGUAUUCCCGGGCGUACCUGCACGCGCUGCUGCGCUCCAACACGGCGGCGCUGCACCUGCUCACCCUGCACAACAUCGCCUACCAGAUGAAGCUGAUGGGCUCCAUCAGGGAGAGCAUCGUGCAGCAGCGCUUCCCCGAGUUCGUGCAGGAGUUCAUGGACACCAUGUACGGGGGGCGGGGGGGGACCCCCAGCUGGGCCCGGGAGGCUCUGGGGUCUGUGGGGAUCUCCCUGCGCUGAGGGGACCCCCCUGAUCCGGGGGAACCCCCCCUGGAUCCCUGGGGAACCCCCCCUGAUCCGGGGGAACCCCCCCUGGAUCCCAGAACCCCCCCUGAUCCCUGGGGAACCCCCCCUGAUCCCUGGGGAACCCCCCCGAUGUGGGGGAACCCCCCCUGGAUCCCAGAACCCCCCCCUGGAUCCCAGAACCCCCCCUGAUCGGGGGAACCCCCCCCCUGAUGUGGGGGAACCCCCCCCUGGAUCCCGGGGAGCCCCCCCAAAAAUCCCUGGGGAGCCCCUUGGAUCCCGGGGAGCCCCCCCAAAAAUCCCUGGGGAGCCCCCUCUGGAUUCCUGGGGGAACCCCUCUGGAUCUCAGGGGACCCCCCCUGAUUCUGGGGACCCCCCCAAUCCUGGGGAACCCCCCAAUCCCUGGGGAGCCCCUUGGAUCUUGGGGGAACCCCCCCCAAAAAUCCCUGGGACCCCCCUCCUGGAUCCUGGGGGAACCCCUCUGGAUCUCAGGGGACCCCCCCUGAUUCUGGGGACCCCCCCAAUCCCUGGGAAGCCCCUUGGAUCUUGGGGGAACCCCCCCCAAAAAUCCCUGGGACCCCCCCUGAUCCCUGGGGAACCCCUCCUGGAUCCUGGGGACCCCCCAGUCCCUGGGGAGCCCCCUCAAUUCCCAGCCCCCCCUUUCCCCCCCACCCCAGUGUAUUUUUAUACAUUUUUUUGCGGUUUGUUUUUUCUCUUUUUUACGGUUUUGGCGGGGUUUUUUUUAUGGUUUUGGGGUUUUUAAGGGGUGGGAAAUAAAAGAGUUUGGAA